AUGGAGGCCCCGUUAUUCUAUGAUAAGGUCUUGGGCCAACAAUGGGUGGCUGUCAAGGACGACAACGGUUACAGCAUCAAGAAAACCAAGAUAUCUAUACCCCUGUCUGUUUCUGAGCCGCCGCAGCUCGAAAACCUAACUAUUAUUGAUUCUGUCAAAUCUGGCACUGGCCGCGAUGGCAAAGCCAGUAUAUACCACCACAUCAUUAAACCAACCCUUGAUCACCUCAAGGUACCCCACAAUUACGUUGUUACCACCAGUGGCGACACAAUAGGUGCUUUUUCUCGGCAAUUGACACAAGGAACACACAAGAUUGUGCUCAUUUCUGGAGAUACGUCGGUAAACGAGCUUAUCAAUAGUCUUUCAUCGGAUCAACAUGGCCAAAUCAGACUUGUGGUCAUCCCACUAGGUACGGGAAAUAGUCUUUCGCUUGCUCUUGGAAUAUCGAACGAGUUGGAAGCGGUGAAGCGGUUGGUGACAUCCAAUGAGUUCAAACCACUUAACCUCUAUACCAUUAAAUUUCCCGAGGAUCCCUCUUAUGUUCUCCACGAAGGCACUCAGGUGCGUCCAGCCCCAUCCGAAAUGAAGUUCUUGGUGGUGUUCUCAUGGGGAUUCCAUGCGUCCCUCGUGGCGGACAGUGAUACUGCUGAGAUGAGAAAGUUUGGUCUUGAGCGGUUUAAAAUGGCUGCCAUGAGUAAUUUAGAAGCUCCACAGCACUACGAGGGCACCACAAAAAUCAGUUCAGAUAAAGACACUCGGGAAGUGGCUGGUCCAUAUGCGUACUGGGUGUUGACGCCUUCCCGGCGGUUUGAGCCUACGUUUGAAAUAUCUCCACUGGGGAACAUUUUCAACGACGAGAUGUAUUUGGUCAGCUUUGGACCCAGAGACACCGACCAAACGCCGUACAUCAUGGAAAUCAUGACCCAAGCAUACAAUGGUGGAGCGCAUAUUCACAAUGGGUCUGUGAGUUAUGAACAAGUUGAUUCCACCCAUCAGGUGCGUCUUAAAUACCACCAGGACCAAGAAAACCGCCGUCGGUUCUGUGUCGACGGAGCGGUUAUUCUUGCACCCCCAAGCGGAGAAUUUAGGGUUCGGGCGUGUGGCCACAAGCAGCAAAAGUGGGAAAUCUUCGUGUUGGGGUAAUGGUGUUGGGCGUAAGAGAACAAAUCUCCGGGAUUAAUAGUGGGGGUGGGGGUGGGGGUUGCCUGUACGGCUGGUGUGUGGGCCAGGACAUCUUCAGCCAAGUAUAAGAUAAGCGUUGAUAGACGCAGACACUGGUAUAAUACGAUGUAUAGCUUCGAUAUCUAUUAUAUGACAAAUAAGGU